UGUGUUUCUUUCACAGCACUCUAUAUAUUUUGUGGAGCUGUCAUCAUUUAUUCAUCCCAGCGUUGCUCUUUGUUCUUCUGCUGCCUUUCCAUUGUCAUUCUCAAUGCUUUCCUCCCGCUUACAUACAUUUGCAAAACGUUCCUUUGCAACUGCAGCAAAGGCUGCUUCGAAAGAUGCUCCCAAGGCAGCUCCCAAGGCCGAUCAGAAAUUUAAAGUAGUCGUUGUCGGUGCUGGCCCUGGUGGUCUUUCCGUUUCGUCUACGAUUUCUCGCAUGCUUGGAAAGAACCAAGUGGCCGUCAUUGACCCUGCUUCCACACACUACUAUCAACCUUUGUGGACUUAUGUAGGCGGCGGUUUGAAGGAUUUCAGUGAAUCCAAGCGUCCUAUGAGCAGUGUGAUGCCUGCCAACGCAGAAUGGAUUCAGGACAAAGUCACCAAAUUGGACCCCGACAAUAAUCAGGUGGUUUUGAGCAAUGGCAAAACGGUGGAAUACGAAUACUUGGUGAUGGCAGCUGGUAUCCAAAUCAACUGGGACCAAGUCAAAGGCUUGAAAGAAGCUCUCGGUAAAGACGGCGUCACAUCCAACUACUCCCCUGACAGUGUACAAAAGACCUGGAAAUUUAUUCAGGAAUUCAAGGGCGGCAAUGCUGUGUUUACUUUUCCCAACACUCCCUUGAAGUGUCCUGGUGCUCCUACAAAGAUCACAUUCUUGGCAGAAGAGGCUUUCCGUACGCUGGGCGUGCGUGACAAGACCAAUGUCAUUUAUAACACGAGUUUGGGCAAGAUUUUCGGCAUUGAUCACUAUGGUCGUGUCCUUCAGCAGCAGGCUGAUGAACGCAAUAUCAAAGUGAAUUUCCAGCACGAACUUAUCGAGAUUAACGCCGAUAAUCACGAAGCGACCUUCCGCAAUAAUGCGGACAAGAGUUUGUCUACUGUUCAUUACGAUUUCAUCCAUGUGGCUCCGCCCCAGGGUCCGCCUUCCUUCAUUAAGAACUCCAAGCUUGCUGACGCCGUUGGCUGGGUCGAUGUCAACAAAGAUACCCUGCGUCACAACAAGUACAAGAACGUUUUUGCUCUCGGAGAUUGCUCGUCUUUGCCUACCUCGAAAACUGCUGCCGCUAUCACGGGCGAAUCCGGUGUUCUCAAGCAUAACUUGAUUGCUGAUCUGGAAGGACGAACGGUGGAGCCCGCUGUAUACGAUGGAUACACCAGCUGUCCCUUAGUCAUUGGUCGUAAACAGCUCAUUCUUGCCGAGUUUUCCGGUUACACUGGAAAGCCUAUGGAAACCUUCCCCAUUGAUCAGCGCCAGAUCAGCAACACGGCUCAAUUCUUGAACAAGGAAGUGAUUCCUUCUAUGUACUGGAAUGGUCUGUUGAACGGUGUCUGGACUGGUCCCACCAAAGUACGAAAAGCUUUACAGUUCUUGCGUCCCAACACUUAUUAGACUUUUUUUCCCUACGACAUAAACCUCUCCGUUAUUUAUUUGAUUUAAAAUUUUGUCAUUUUCAUCUGUACUGAUUUUUAAAGUAAAAGACUUUCCUCAAUCAAAGAAAAA